AUGAGGAAAACAUUUUCUAUGGCCCCUCCUAGGCGAAAGCUCCGAUUUGUCCUGGGCAUUUUGGUCUUUUCACGCCUUCUUCUUCAUCAUGGCUGGUCCGCUUCCAAAGAUCCGUGUACUUGGAUUAAUGUCAACUGCGACAAACCCACCGGCAAUGUAGUCUCCAUCAACCUCGAUUCCCAGUCCAUCUCCGGCAAGUUCCCUUCUGAGCUCACGCAGCUGGCAUCUUUCCGAUCACUUUCCGUCCAGAAAAAUUCCCUCUCCAGGCCCUUGCCGUCUUUCGCUAAUAUGUCCAGCCUCGAAGAGCUCUACUUAGACAGCAAUGAGUUCAGCUCAAUCCCCCCAGAUUUCCUCUUGGGUCUUCCCAAUUUGCAGAUUUUCAGCAUUUCCGACAAUGGCGAGCUCAGCCCAUGGCAAAUUUCUAGUUAUUUGGCCGAAAGCACAAACUUGGGAUCUUUCUUCGCGAGCAACGCCAGUAUCACCGUCGUCAUUCCUAAUUUCUUCGAUUCUUUCCCUAAUCUCCAAAACCUGAGAUUAUCCUACAAUAACCUCACCAGGUCUCUGCCUAGGUCGUUUGGGAGCUCGGAGAUACAGAAUUUGUGGCUGAAUAACCAACAACUUGGGCUCUCCGGGACUAUUGAUGUGCUUUCCUCAAUGACCCAACUCUCCAAAGUCUGGCUUCAUGCCAAUGCCUUCACGGGUCCGAUCCAUGACCUUUCCAAAUGCGUAAAUCUCUUCGAUUUGCAGCUCAGAGACAACCAAUUGACCGGAGUUGUACCAGUUUCCAUAACGGGUCUUCCGAAAUUGGUGAACAUUACUCUCCAGAAUAACAAUUUGCAGGGUCCCAUGCUUGAGUUUGGAAAUAACGUCAAGAAGAAUCUUGGUAAUAGUUUCUGUAAUGAUAAACCUGGACCUUGUGAUCAACAUGUGACUACACUUCUUGUUGCUGCUGGGGGUCUUGGGUAUCCAAUCACGCUUGCCCAAUCUUGGGAAGGGAAUAAUGCCUGCAACAACUGGUCAUAUACCUGUUUUCCCACCUUCUGUGAACUUUUCUCAUGGUUGCAACUUAUUUCUUGGGAAGAAUGUGAGUACCGGUGGUGGAUCACCGGGUUCAGGUCGGAGUUGAACGCUCGCGUGGAGGAUAUACGGCGGUGA